CAGGACCCUGCAUUCACUAUAUCUGGUCUCCCACAGUACACAGAAAAUGGAAGUGCACUUAUUUUAAUAAAUAUAAUCCUUUUCUCAUCAGUAGUUACAAAAGUCUUGUGGCUUCUAUCAUUUUCAGCUGAUCACAUGUUAAAGCUUGUAGGAGGAGUUGUAAUUCUGCUCUAGGAAGAUGCAGAACCCUUGACCUCUGUCUGGACAGUGCUGAUUGGCCCUGUGCUGAUCACAUGCAUACCCCAAAGAAAAAAAAAUAAAACCACUACAAGCACCAGAAAUCGCCAAAAGUCAAAAGCAAAACUGUUUUUC